GUUGGGCACCUGGCGACGUGUACGAGCAAGCGGUUGGGCGACCCGAGUAUGCGGGUAGGGUUCGGCAGGUUGGGCCGAACGUUACUCCUGUUCGCGGGACUUGUUUCUCGUAUAGGGCCCGCACACGGGGGGGACCGGCCGAGGGCACGUCUCAGGAUUGGGCUGCUCACAAAAUUGCGGAGUUGGAGGGCAUAGUGCGGGCCGAGAGAGAGCGGGCUGACAGCAUGGAGCAGCGCAUGCGACAUUUUGAGGCCUUCAUGUCCUCUACAGGAUUAUCGUUUGUAUGCCCUGGUGCUCAGCAGUCUUCACCUGCACACGUCGGUAGUACGUCAUCUGUUAGUAGUGCGCCUGCAGGUAAUGCGACAACGGUUGGUCCGUUGUCGCCUUCUGGACAAUUGCUGAGCCAACAAUCCCCUCUCGGGACUCCUUCGCCCGUUACACCAUCUCUUGCGGGACAAUCGACAGUUGGCGAGCUCACGCCCGGGACUGCACCUCGUGAUCCGCAGCGACGUCCUCCAGAUUUGUAGAUAUUUUGUGUAUUUUUUUUUUUUUUUA